AUGAUCCCGGCCAACGCCUCCGCCAGGAAGGGGCCCGAGGGCAAGUACCCGCUGCACUACCUCGUGUGGCACAACCGCCACCGCGAGCUGGAGAAAGAGGUCCGCGCCGGCCAGGUGGACAUCGAGCAGCUGGAUCCCCGCGGGCGGACUCCCCUGCACCUGGCCACCACACUGGGACACCUUGAGUGUGCCCGUGUGCUCCUAGCACACGGGGCAGAUGUGGGCAGGGAGAACCGCAGCGGCUGGACAGUGCUUCAGGAGGCUGUGAGUACCCGGGACCUGGAGCUGGUGCAGCUGGUGCUACGGUACCGGGACUACCAGCGGGUGGUGAAGCGGUUGGCGGGCAUCCCCGUGCUCCUGGAGAAGCUUCGCAAGGCCCAGGACUUCUACGUGGAGAUGAAAUGGGAGUUCACUAGCUGGGUGCCCUUGGUGUCCAAGAUCUGUCCCAGCGACACCUACAAAGUGUGGAAGAGUGGGCAAAACCUUCGGGUCGAUACCACGCUCUUGGGCUUUGACCACAUGACGUGGCAGCGAGGGAACCGCAGCUUCGUCUUCAGGGGCCAAGAUACGAGCGCCGUGGUCAUGGAGAUUGACCAUGACCGCCGCGUGGUGUACACGGAGACGCUGGCCCUGGCCGGGCAGGACCGGGACCUGCUGCUGGCGGCCGCCCAGCCCACGGAGGAGCAGGUGCUAAGCCGGCUCACUGCGCCCGUCGUCACCACACAGCUCGACACCAAGAACAUCUCCUUUGAGAGGAACAAGACUGGCAUCCUGGGCUGGCGCAGCGAGAAGACCGAGAUGGUGAACGGGUACGAAGCCAAGGUAUAUGGGGCAUCCAAUGUGGAGCUCAUCACCCGGACACGGACAGAGCAUCUUUCAGAACAGCACAAGGGCAAGGUCAAAGGCUGUAAGACACCUCUGCAGUCCUUCCUGGGAAUUGCUGAGCAGCAUGGGGGCCCCCAGAAUGGGACCCUGAUCACUCAGACUCUGAGCCAAGCCAACCCCACUGCCAUCACUGCAGAAGAGUACUUCAACCCCAACUUUGAGCUUGGCAACCGGGACAUGGGCCGCCCCAUGGAACUCACCACCAAGACACAGAAGUUCAAGGCCAAGCUGUGGCUGUGUGAGGAGCAUCCCCUGUCCCUGUGUGAGCAGGUGGCCCCCAUCAUUGACCUCAUGGCUGUCAGCAAUGCGCUUUUCGCCAAGCUCCGGGAUUUCAUUACCCUACGCCUGCCGCCUGGUUUCCCGGUCAAGAUUGAAAUCCCAAUCUUCCACAUCCUCAACGCUCGCAUCACCUUCGGGAACCUCAAUGGCUGCGACGAGCCGGUGCCGUCGGUGCGAGGCAGCCCCAGCAGUGAGACGCCGUCCCCAGGCAGCGACUCCUCCAGCGUCAGCAGCUCCAGUUCCACCACCUCGUGCCGCGGCUGCGAGAUCUCCCCCGCGUUGUUCGAGGCCCCGCGCGGCUACAGUGUGCUGGGCGGCCAGCGGGAGGCGGCGGCCCGCGACGACGACGACGACCUGCUGCAGUUCGCCAUCCAGCAGAGCCUGCUUGAGGCGGGCAGCGAGUAUGACCAGGUCACUAUCUGGGAGGCGCUGACCAACAGCAAGCCGGGCACUCACCCCAUGUCCUACGAGGCUCGUCGACAGGACAGGAGCGCCCCGCCCACGCCGCAGCGCCAGCCCGCCCCCCCCGCGGCCCUGGCGUCGGUGCCCAGCCCUCGGCCCAGCCCGCGCCCGGGCGGCCACGUGUUCCGGAGCUACGACGAGCAGCUGCGGCUGGCCAUGGAGCUGUCGGCGCAGGAGCAGGAGGAGCGGCGGCGGCGCGCGCGCCAGGAAGAGGAGGAGCUGGAGCGCAUCCUGCGGCUCUCGCUGACCGAGCAGUAGCGCCCGCGGCAGGACCCCUGGGCCCCGCCUCGCCCGCCCCGCCCCGGAGCCAGACUCGCUCGGGCCCGCGUGCCCGCCGGGCGCGGCCGGGAGACUGGAGCCGCAGCCUCGGGGCCGGCGAGGCGCCCCUGGCACCAGCCGGGCAGGGGUUCGGCGAGGUCGCGGGGUACCUGUCCCGGCCAGGGCCCCGGAGGCAGCUCUCACGGCCCGGUCCCCCCCUGCUUUGCUGUAUCCUGACGCCCACCACUCUAUCCUGGGCGCAGACUUGUCCGAGGGGGCCAGGCCGUCCUGAGGGGGAGGCGGGUCCUUAGAGGAGCAGUGUCCCCCCUCCCUCGCUCCUUCUGGCCGGUCCUCCUUUUCUGCUCACAGAACCCAGUGUAGGACACUGUCCGUGAAGCCUUUGCAUCUCCGCUCUUCACCCCAGGGGGGGCAGCUGAGCUCCCCACGUGCUGUGUUGCUGCUUUGUCCCAGACACAAACCAGCGCGUCGAGGGCCCAGCUCCUCCUUCACCCCGGCAUUUCAGCGUCAAGUGCACUUAGCGGGGUGCCCGGCUUCCCCAGCCCCCCCCACGCCCCUCCCGGGUCUCAGGGUGGUCCCAGUUUCUCCUUGGGCGGCCAGAGGUUGGAGUCCCCAUGCCCACGGCACGCUUUUGCGAU